GGUCGUGGGUGAAUAACCCAAGCGUCACCGCUCUUGUUCGAAACCACCCCAUAAGGCUCGCAGCAUUUCUUAAACUUGUAUCAACGAAUCGUGAGGUAGAACGUAUGGCGGCUCGGAACCGUCAUCUCGAGACAGCGGGGUGGGGGUCAAAGCCUCAAAGGUUACCGCUCUGCGAUCCAUCAGCGGUGUGGGUGUUUGCAUCAGUCACCCUGUCCUUCGCCGGAGUUCCAGACUUCCUGUUGGCUGCAACCUUUCUCAACAACGGCUAUCGGCGUUCGGCUUCGGGCACCGGCAUCAUCACGAUCCAGCUCUGGUGGGCUGCCCAUGUUUUUGGCCUGGUUAACUGCUUAAUCUACCGUGGCCAAUGAUGUUAGUAGCUGAAACCUUACCGUUCCAUCAAGACUCGGAUACUAGGCCAUCAUCACUAUGCCCAUGGCGACGUCAGGCCCACUCUCCCGAGGCUUAAGAUAGUUGUC